UGCAAAACCAACUGCUCCCAGGGACUCUACAGGGACAAUGCCCCCUGGGGCCCACCCAGGGGUGUCAGCGUCAUUAGGAGCCCACCCAGGGGCGGCGGCGGACCCAGCGGCCCUCCCAGGUGCGAUGGUGCUCUCAGGGGCCCUUUCAGGGGUGACGGCGAUCCCAAGGGCUCUCCUAGGGGCCUUUUCAGUGCAAAACCAACUGCUCCCAGGGACUCUAUAGGGACAAUGCCCCCUGGGGCCCACCCAGGGGUGUCGGCGUCAGGAGGAGCCCACCCAGAGGCGGCAGUGGACCCAGCGGCCCUCCCAAGGGCGAUGGUGCUCUCAGGGGCCCCCUCAGGGGUGACGGCGAUCCCAGGGGCUCUCUUAGGAGCCUUUUCAGGUGCGGCUGAGACCCCAGGGGCUCUCGCAGGGACGGCGGUGGUCUCAAGGGCCCUCCCAUUAGCGGGUGUGUCGGCGUCCAAAGGAGCCCACCGAGUGUUGACGGGGGACCGAGCGACCCUCCAAGAGCCGGCGGUGCUCUCAGGGGCCCUCUCAGGGGUGACGGCGAUCCCAGGGGCUCUCCUAGGGGCCCUCUCAGGAGCCCACCCAGGGGUGACGGCGGACCGAGCGACCCUCCAAGGGCCGGCGGUGCUCUCAGGGGCCCUCUCAGAAGUGAAUGCAAUCCCAGGGGCUCUCCUUGGGCCCCUCUCAGGUGCGGUGGAGACCCCAUGGGCUCUCGCAGGGGAGGCUAUAGUCUCAAGGGCCCUCCCAGGAGCGGUUGAGCCUCCAGGGGCCCUACCAAAGGUGCCCCUCCAUGUAAAAGCAACUGCCCCCAGGGGCUCUACAGGGAAAGAGCCCCCUGGGGCCCUCCCUGGGGUGUCGGUUCCCCUAGGAGCCCUCCGAGGGCCCUUCUCAAGGGAGGUGGCGCCCCAAAGGGCCUUCAAGGAACGGCGGCAGACCCAGGGUCCCUCCCAGGGGCAGCGGCGACCCCAGGGGCUAUUCCUGGGGCUUUGGCGUCCCAAUGGGCCAUCCCAGGGGCAGCAACACCCCCAGGAGCUCUCCCAGGGACUUCGGCGCUUCAAGGGCCCUCCAUGG